CGAGGUGUCACUGAACGCGGCCAUUGUCGGAGCAGGGAGGAGAAGAGGGAGAGUCAGCCUGUCUUCCCCUUUUACCGUCAUCACACUGGACGUCCACCGGUCUCAUUCUAGAGUCUUAAACUCGCGUUCCGAUACCGAACUACUCUUUCAAGAUUUCAAAAGACGCCGUGGAGGCGAUAUUAGCCUUUUGCUUUGUCGUCGCAUGACCACCGGACACCGGCUACUUUCCAUUGGCCGCAUCCAGAAGCGGAGCGGUGGGUGUAUUCUCGAGGCUUUCUUCGUGACAAGGCCCCCUGGUACAUCAGUAGAAAUGUGGACUCUGAGUGUGUUAUCGUGACAAUUCCAAAUCUAAAUUGACGCUUUUGUAAAGCGUGGGACAUAACUGCUUGCCCGUUAGCCAGCUAGCUUCUUAGCCCGCUGCGGUUUCGCUCUAGUUUCUCGUUGGGUGUUACUGAGGACAUUUGCUUCUUAACCUCCGGGAUCAUCCUGUUAGUGACGCCGUUUGUCCACCGGAAUGCGGCGGUGGAGCUGAAGGGCCGAGAGGCAGUGAGUCCUCAUUAAGUGGGGGUUGAAAGUCGGGCCCCCGUGUACAGUUUUUCUUGGGUUUUUUUUCCGAUGAUGCUGAAUUGGUGGAGCUGCGUGGAGCUCACUGGACUCUUUGCUGUGCUGCCUUCAAGGACCUUCACCAUGAAGAUUGUAUGAAAGGCCACCUUUCCUUCCACCCCCCAAAUACGCUGCGUCUGCUGCUAUUGACAGUUAGAGGGUGACUUGUCUGCCUCUGUGUGUACACUACACACAACAGUCUGCUCAUUACUCUAACUCUUCUGACCGGAAUCGCACUCAGGGACGAGCAUGUCUUUAUUACGCGCCGCACUGCCCGGAAACGAGAGGAACCCGGAUCACCACACCUCGCUGUCCACCAGCCGCACGGACAAGGGUUCAGGCUGGUCCAGCCGCUCGCUGGGUGCCCGAUGCCGCAACUCCAUCGCCCUGUGCUCAGAUGAACAGCCGCACAUCGGAAACUACAGGCUGCUCAAGACCAUUGGCAAGGGCAACUUUGCCAAGGUUAAACUGGCGCGACACAUCCUGACGGGUAGAGAGGUUGCAAUAAAAAUCAUUGAUAAAACACAACUCAACCCUUCAAGCCUACAGAAGCUUUUUCGUGAGGUACGCAUCAUGAAAACCCUCAACCAUCCCAACAUCGUCCAGCUUUUUGAGGUCAUAGAGACGGAGAAGACUCUAUAUUUGAUCAUGGAAUACGCCAGUGGAGGGGAGGUGUUUGACUACCUCGUGGCUCACGGCCGCAUGAAGGAGAAAGAGGCCCGCGGCAAGUUCCGACAGAUUGUAUCAGCUGUGCACUAUUGCCAUCAGAAGAACAUUGUUCACAGAGACUUGAAGGCAGAGAAUCUGCUGCUGGAUGCCAACUCCAACAUCAAAAUCGCUGACUUUGGCUUCAGCAACGAGUUCAUGGCUGGCAGCAAGCUGGACACCUUCUGCGGCUCACCGCCCUAUGCCGCACCUGAACUUUUCCAAGGCAAGAAGUAUGAUGGCCCGGAGGUCGACAUCUGGAGCCUGGGUGUCAUCCUCUACACACUGGUCAGCGGCUCGCUGCCCUUUGACGGCCAAAACCUGAAGGAGCUGCGUGAGCGUGUCCUGAGAGGGAAAUACCGUGUGCCCUUCUACAUGUCCACAGACUGCGAGGGAAUCCUGCGCCGCUUCUUGGUCCUCAACCCAACCAAGCGCUGUUCACUGGAGCAAAUCAUGAAAGACAAAUGGUUGAAUGUGAGCUACGAUGGAGAGGAGCUAAAACCUCACAAAGAGCCCGAGGAGGACUUCAACGACAACGUCCGCAUCGAUGUGAUGGUGGGGAUGGGUUUCACCAGGGAGGAGAUCCGAGAUUCCCUGGUCGGUCACAAGUACAACGAGGUGACGGCCACGUACUUGCUGCUGGCACGCAAGAACGAGGCCGAAAGCACCGUGUCCCGCUCAGGCAGCAGUCUGAGCCUGGCUCGCGUCAGGCCCGGCACCAUCGUCAACGGUACCAGCAAACACUCUACUUCCUCCGCUGCGGCUGCUUCCUCCUCCUCAGCCUACAAGCCACAACGCAGCGUCUCCACCUAUCAGCGCCAGAGACGGCACUCUGACUUCUGUGGUCCGGCAGCUCCUGGGUCAGCGCACCCCAAGCGCAGCCCGAGUGGGGUGGGAGAAGUUUCUGGACUUAAGGAGGAAAGGCUCUCAGUCCGCAAGUCCAGCAACAACACCGUGGGUUCCCGGAGCAUCCCGACGCCCUCGAGCCCGAUGGUCAGCUCUGCUCACAAUCCCAACAAAGCCGAGAUUCCCGACAGACGGAAGGAGGCCAACUCCACCUUGAGUAAUGUCGCUGCUAGUGGCAUGACGCGAAGGAAUACGUACGUCUGCAGCACAGACAGACACUCGUUGUUGCAAAAUGGCAAAGAAAACAGUUCGAUUUCCCAUCGGCUGCCCCCCGCUUCUCCCUCCACCCACAGCAUCACCGGCGCAUCAGCCAUAUCGUCCUCCUCCACCUCGACACCCUCCUCGCGUCUCUCCCGGGGCUCCACGGCCAGGAGCACCUUCCACGGCGGGCAAAUACGAGACCGCCGGCCGCCCUUACAUGUGACACCAGCCUCGCCCACCUCGUCGCACGACACUGGCGGCACCCUGUCCGGUGCCAGGACCCCACGCGCCACCAGCAACCUGCUCAGCAAGCUCACCUCCAAGUUGACCCGCAGGGUCACUCUUGACCCAUCUAAGCGUCAGAGUUCAAACAAAUCCGUGUCGGGCUGCAACCUCCCGCAAGCCACAAAAACAGUUAACGAACCUGAGAGAAUCAGCAGAUCUCCGGUCACAAGUCGCCAUAUAUCUGGGCAUCAGAAAGCGGCCGAGCCCCGGACCCCCCGAAGCGGCUGGGAUGUGAGGGUCCGCAGCCCCCGCGACCCAGCCGAAGUGGUCCUGGCUCUCCGGGAAGCGGCCCAGGGCUGUGGCUGCCAAGUCCAUCUGGCGGGUCCCUUCCUGCUGUCCUGCACGCAUGGAGCGGCUGGCGCCCGUGUGGCCUUUGAGGCCGAAGUGUGCCAGCUGCCUGGCGGGCCGGCGCAGAGCAGCGGCGUGCGCUUCAAGCGCCUCUGGGGGGCGCCACUCGCUUUCAGGGACAUCGCCACCAAAGUGUCCAAGGAGCUGGAGCUCUGAGGGCUGAGGGGGCAGGGGCUGAGUGAGAAAAUACUGAAAUGGCAGGGAGGAAGCGGGUGCAAACUCCUCGCCAUGCCUCCGCCAAAGACCCUCGUUCUGUGUCCCAUCUUGAACUGCUGAAAACAAGCGAAAAGAGAACAUCACUCAAACACACUUGAUUUCAUCAUGUUUGACUGAUCAGCUACCAACGAGUGUUAAGACCACAUUCAAAAGAAUAGCAAAAUACUCAGACUAAAGUCAGAAGUAUCGUACAAUAAAGUCGGGGGGGAAAAAAAAGAAUCUCGUGAAAAUGGUCCGUUUUUUUUCAAGGGAUCGUGUAUUUUUUAGAGAAAAGAGUAACUAUACUGGUAUAUUGAAAAGAACAUUGUCAUAUUUUUGUGAAAAAUUAUGACAAUUGUUUUUUUGUUGUUUUUUUUGACAAGUGAAAAUUUGAAAAGAUUUUGAAAAGAGAAAUCUGAAUCACCAUUUCAAAAAAAUUGGGGAUGGAGAAUAGUCGUUUUGUUUCAAAAGAAAAUGAGUUUUGUUCAAGAGGGCAACAAAGUUAAUUUGAUUAUUAUUUCAGAUGAUUUUCAAUACCAAGUGUCCUUUUACAAGAAUAAAAUCACCCUUUUUUUUCAAGAGCAAAGUCUUAUUUCCUAUAACGCGUUAAUUUUGUGAAGGGAAGUGAAGAUAGUCAAAAAUAAUUCACAUUAAAAUUUGAUUUCCUUAAAAAUCUACUUUUGUUCUUGAAAAAUUAUAAUUGAAUUUUCAUAAGAUUCUAUUCUAUUUUCUCACCCCAAAAUAUGACUUAUGUAAGAUCCCAAUUUGAAUCUUGUCGUAUCAUCGAUUUGUUUUAUUGCGGUCUUAUUACCAGUUCAUAAUUACCUAUUAUUUUAUUCCCCAAUGAAUUUUUCAUCAUUCCUUCCUGAAGCGCUGCUAUUUAAAGUCACAUUUUUCAACUUUUGAUUCAAAAGGAUAGACAGCAAAAAAUGUGUUACAAGCCAAAGUAGCAAUGCUGCAUUUUGACCUCCAGCCUCAAGAGGGUGACAUGCAGGAAACAGUUCCAAAUUCUGCUUUGCGUAGUAGGUUUUUUUUGGGGGGGGUUAUUUUUUUGGAAGAUGAGGCAGAAUGGAUGAGUUGGUUCUCACUCACGCACCUUUGGCUAAAUCAUUACAAUGACAGCAUAAAAAAACACCUGACAAUAAAAAUGACAAUGUGUCAUUGUCUUCAUGCAAGCAUCCAAACGGACUUCUCAAAUAUAUUAAUGCUCACAGACUUUUUGAGAACUAACAUCACGUUAGCUUUGGCACACAAAUGCCGAUUAACAUUAAGAAAAAUUAGAUUGAGUUCCUGCCGUUGUCUUAAAGCACUUAAUGUGUGUGAUGUAUUUUUGGGUUACCACAAACGCACACUUCGCUGAUAAGCUUCGUAACAUUAACACAGAAAUAUUUAAAAUUCAACGAUACCCAGAAUAUUGCAAUUUUUACUUUGAUUUAAUGAUAUGUCAUCAUAAUCUUAAAUCACCAACCAAUGGAGAGACAAAAAGCUUUGUCAGUUUGUGGCUGGUCUUCAGCCGGUGACUGAAGACAGCAAGCUGUGUUGUUUUUUUCUUUUGGGACCUCCAGGACAUCACUUUAGCGUAUAUUGUAGCCGUCACUGUUUUUAAUUUAUGGAGCGAGCUGCAGUCCUCAAAACAUCAUGUGUCGUAAAUAAAGACUUUCAACCUCUGAUAUAACCAGAUCAUCUUUUUUUCUCAUGCAUUUAUGUUUCACCUGGAAGAGGAAUUAACAUUACCUAAUUAACUUCAAUCAGGAACGUGUUGCUACCGCCAUUAGAUUCCUAGUGCUUUGGCGAGUAAAUGUGGAAUAUAUUAGUUAACAGCAUCGCACUUGAACACCUUGGAGAUGACAAAGGUGUGUUCAUUGAGUUUUGUCAAAUAACUGAAUAGCAUUUGGGGUCCCGGAGGUGUAAUGUGGAAAAAAAGUCCAAUGUUUCUGCAAUGUUCUGGGGGGGUUAGAAAAUACUUUGAAGGUAAGAAAACAUUUUUUCUUCCUAAAAACGGGCAUGGAAAUUUACUGACUGCAUUUUUUAAAAUACCAUUUCCCUGUAAAGUAUGAAGCACAUUUCUUAUUUUUCUUCGUUUUAAAAUGCUGUAUUGUUAUGAAUGAAACAUUUUAAGAAAAAAAAUGGGGUCGGGGGGAAUUUUGAGAGACCGUUUACAUUUCUUUACUUGGGUGGCGUGUGCUGUUCUUUGGCCAUUCUCCAUUUCCGGGGAGAAUGUUUAGGCCGCUCGGUUAGCAUAAAAGAACACAAGACACAAAGUAGUUUGUUUUUAAAUGGGGCAUUUGUUUAUUAGUCCAGUUUAAUUUACGACCAGAGAAAUAUUCGGUAGAUGGAUUGAUCCCAGGAUGUCACAGAGGAGAAAAGGAGGAGGGAAAAGGAGUAUACCGAUGAUGUCAAGGAAAAAACAGGCUUUGUUUUGGUUUUGAUAUAUACAGUAUAUAUAUAUUAAAAAACACAGUCAUAGCAUGAUGGUUGUUGGUCUUUUCGUUUACUUCUGGGCGGGAACCAUGCCGUCGAUGGACUCGCCUUUCUCCAACUUCUUCUCCAUCUCCACCAUCAGCUUGACACCGUCCACCACCAA